CCAUGGCGGUGCAAGGGUGGGCAGUGGGCAUAAAUGAUCGACCUCAAACCUGCUCAAGGCAUGAAGGGGCAUGACAAUCGCGAGUGAGUGAUUGAUCACGGCCGAAGGUGAGAUUGCGACACAAUGGCGGACGGUCCCGUUAAGGUUCCCCUCUACUCUCUGCCUUUGCCUGCCUUCAAAGCGGCAAUCCAUGACAGGAUCUGCUCUGCACUGCCUGGACCGGCUCUUGAAAUUACAUCUGAAGAGCAGGCUGCAUUUUCCUCAGCCCUUGAAAACCUUCACGACUUUCUUAGGGCCAAUGUACAUGGCCUUGUCUCUCAGUAUUCGCUUGGGACAAGGGAGGGCUUCCUCUGGAAAGGAUCCGUUGCUGAAAGAAGGUUCAUUGCGGCUCUCCCCAUUCUGGAGGAGAGUGGCCCCAAUGGCGCCACCCCCAAGAAGCUCACUUCCAUGCCCUCCGUCCUCUCCGCCCCUGCCAACAUGGAGCGCAUGGCUGAGCAAAGCGCACCUGUGGCCGCAUAUAAUCUCGACUUUCUCCCUACAUUUGGAGUGCCCUCCCCUCCAGCAAGUGGGGGGUCAAGCCCCCUCCACCCACUGAGCCAGACAACCGCAACUGCACAGCAUUCAAAUCUGCGACCGCCCAAGCCAGGUACUGGCUCAGCUCUCGACCCCUCAAUCCUGUCCACGGACUCUCCUUCGGUUGGGAGAGACAACAACAAUCCCUUCAACUCGCCCACAACAAGAAGCCACGGGUCCAACCCCUUCGACGGGACCCAGGGACAGAAUCCGUUUGACUCGCCCCUCCGUGAACCAAGCGCGGCCCUUCAGCCGAUCCUUGAUAAGAUUCCGGACCUUUCCUUCAUGCUCUCUGACAAAUUGAGCGAGCCAGCUGCCUCGCUUCAAGCUGUGCCUGGAACGGGUGCAGCUCAACCUAGGACUAGUGUAGAUGAAUGGGGAGAUUUUAGCGGUCAGCCAUCAGCCUCUCAAGAAAGAGGGGCGAAUCCAGCCAUUGCUGCCCCUGGAACUAGCAUUGACGAUUGGGGAAACUUCAGCGGUCCACCAUCCGGCAAUGUAGAUUCGACAGCUGCACAGCAGACCGUCGUCAAGCCAAGGGCUAGCCUCGAAGAGUGGGGAGACUUUAACGGUUGACUCGAAGACAAGCGAACAAUAUGAUCUUGCAGGCAUGCCCAAAAUGCGUGAUUUCAGAACUAGCUGAAACCCCGCGGGUGAGUCCCUUUUCGGAAAGAACUUGCUGCUAAGUGAUGGAGGGGAAUGAGGUCUAGAAUUCACGAGUCCUAUUGUAGCCAAGUGUUACAGGCAUGGACGCACAUAACGGCCACAUGGAUAUACUGCAUAGACGGUUUGCGUUUUACGUGAAUGGUCGGUUGAAUGGUUC